AUGAAAGCUUACCUUGGAAUAUUAAUAAUGAUGGGGUUAAACCCAUUGCCUGAUAUGGAGCUAUAUUGGUCUAAUGACCCUUUUUACAAUAAUGCAGAAAUUUCAAAAAUUAUGCCUAUCAAAAGAUAUAAAAAAAUAACUGAAAAUUUACACAUAAAUGACAAUGAAAAAGAACCAAAUAGGAACUCACCGGAAUACGAUAAAAUGUACAAGUUGAGACCAAUGAUUCAAGAGCUUAAUAAAUUGUUCCAGCAGGAAACAGGUAAUUCAAGUAAACAAUCAAUAGAUGAAUGCAUGGUGAAGUUUAAAGGAAGAUCAUCUUUAAAGCAGUAUAUGCCAAAGAAGCCAAUCAAGCGUGGCUUCAAAAUCUGGGCACAUUGUGAUUCUGUAACCGGCUAUCUGUACCAGUUCGAAAUUUAUACCGGGAAAGGAGACAGUAUGGAAAACGAGGGACUGGGGUACAAUGUGGUUAAAAAGCUGUCAGCCGGCCUUCCUGAGAACACUCUGAUAGCGUUUGAUAACUUUUUCACUAGCUGUAACCUAAUGGAAGAUUUGUACGAAAAUCAAAUUUUUGCUGUUGGUACAGUUAGAGUAAAUAGAAAAGAUCUUCCGGAAAUUUUUAAAAAGUCUCAACCAAAACAUUUAAGACUUGAAAGGAACCAAUUUGCAGCUGUAACUGCUAAACCAAUUACAGCAAUCAAGUGGCUUGAUACAAGGGAUGUUAAUAUUCUUACAACAGCUCACCAUCCAACUGACACAGUAUUUGUAAAGAGAACUCAGAAAGAUGGUACUAAAAAAAAGUUCUCAUCCCCACAGCUAUCGCUCAGUAUACGCUCACCAUGGGAGGCGUCGAUCACUUUGAUCAUUUCAGAUCAUCAUAUCCGAUCAAUAGAAAAUGCAGGAAAUUUUGGAUGA